CAUCUUUAGCCCUCUCUGAAUUUCAUAAUCUUUGCCUUCGCCAUAGUCUCCUUUCAAGCAUUUUCGUCAUGUCAAACAAGGCCGCUUUCAUCACAGGUGGUGCCUCUGGCAUGGGUCUCGCCAUCGCGGAGGCCCUUUCUGUGCGCGGCGGCUGGGACCUGCAUCUUGUGGACUUGAACGCAGUAGCGGGUAAGAAGGCGAUGUCCUCUCUUAAGCACGCAUAUUUCCACCAGACAAACGUGACGAAUUAUGCAUCACUCUCGUCAGCCUUUGAGACCGCUUUCCAAACAUCCGGACGGUUAGAUUUCGUAUUUGCGAACGCGGGUAUCGUGGAGCGAGACAAUUUUUACGAAAAACAUGAUCUCUCAAAACCGCCCCCUGAACCGAAUCAAUUAUCCAUCGAUAUCAACUUGAAGGCUGUGGUUAACACGAGUUACCUUGCGCUACAUUAUUUUAGGAAGAGUCCAAAGGAUGGGAGCAAUCCUGCGCUCGUGAUGACAGCGAGCUGCGGAGGAUUGUAUCCUUCGGAGUUUUGCCCAAUGUACUCCGGCUCCAAGGCCGCAGUCAUCCAUUUCAACCGUUCAAUAGCAUUCUCAUACCGCCUUGAUGGCAUUCGAACAUACGCUACUUGUCCUGGAACCGUGAGGACGAACCUGAUGACUGGGGAAGAGUGGAAAUCAUUUCCCGAGCAGUACUUCACCCCAGUAUCGACAGUGGUCGGUUCUUUGUUGAAACUGAUUGACGGAGGAAGCCUCCAGGAUGGCAAGGGAAAGACAGUACAGGAAGAGAAGGCGUGGGGGCUGACAGUUGAGAUCAACGGAGAGAAUAUGUAUUUUACGGAUCACGUGCCGUAUUGCGAUGAGAACAUGGAGGCAAUGAUGAAGUACACAAGUAUGGAGAACCAGUUGGCUCGGAUUGAGAAGGGGAAGAAUAACGGGCAAUGAUGGUAGGAUUCAAGCGCAAAGGGAUGCC